AUGAUAAUUGAUAUAACAAAAGUACAAGCUAUCAAUUCUUUUUCCAGAUUGGAAUCCUUAAAAGAGGUUUAUGGGACUAUAUGGCUGCUUUUCCCUAUUUUGAUUCUCGUAUUGGGAAUCACAAUAGGUGUACUAGUAAUUGUGUGGUUAGAAAGACAAAUAUCCGCAGGUAUACAACAACGUAUUGGACCUGAAUAUGCCGGUCCUUUGGGAAUUCUUCAAGCUCUGGCGGACGGAACAAAACUACUUUUUAAAGAAAACCUUCUUCCGUCUAGAGGGGAUACGUAUUUGUUUAGUAUUGGACCCUCUAUAGCAGUUAUAUCAAUUCUACUAAGUUAUUCAGUAAUUCCUUUUGGUUCUCGACUUGUUCUAGCCGAUUUAAGUAUUGGUGUUUUUUUAUGGAUUGCCAUUUCAAGUAUUGCUCCAAUUGGACUUCUUAUGUCAGGAUAUGGAUCAAAUAAUAAAUAUUCCUUUUUAGGUGGUCUACGGGCAGCUGCUCAAUCAAUUAGUUAUGAAAUACCAUUAACUCUAUGUGUGUUAGCAAUAUCUCUACGUGUGAUUCGUUGAAACAUGGGUCUACCCUUGCCUCAUUUCUUUUUAUUUUGGGUUUCUAAGAAUAAAAAUGAAAUGGAUUGAAUAGUAUCUUCCUUUUUGUUAGUUACUGAUCGGGUUGAUAAAGUAAACCAGAUAGUUAGAUGAGUGAAAGAAAACAGCUUUCAAAUUUGCAGUAAAAAGUUGAAUCUCAUUGCCUAUGUACAAGGGUUAAACAAAAAUAAACAUAAGCCGUCAAGGCUGUUUCCCCCAAGAUUGGUUAUCCUGACUUGAAGCGGGUUGAAACGAAUUAUGGAGUUUUUACUUUCUUUUUUUUUUCUCUGUAUAAAAAUGGAUGAUAUGAAUUACCAUAGAGGUUGAAUAAACAUGAGUGGAUGAUUAGGAACACCAAAGUACACAAAGGAUUUGUAUGUAAUAGAGAUUGUGUAACUUAUCCGACGAGAUAUUUUUACAUAAAAUAAAUACGAAUUGAGACUUUAAAUUUGUAGAAAUGAUCAAGUAGUACUCCCACAAAUUCCGAUCCAGAGUAUGCUCCUAUCCACUGAUUAAGUGAAUAACUAUCAGGAACGAAGUAAUCUUUUACUUUUUUAUUUUAAGACUAAAAAAAAUCCAGGAAAUAAGAGGUCGAAAAAAAAAAGAUAAUAUGAAUAUAAAAAUAUAAAAUAUAUAACUGGAAUUAUAAAAAAAUAUUUUUCCAAUAUCCAUAUUCAAGCAUUAAGUUAUUACUAAAAAAAAAUGGAAAUUCUUGAAAGUUAGUUAAAGUAAAGGAUGAGAUCAAUUCCGAAGCAUUUGUUAGAGCA